AUGCAAGGUAUAAGGACCAAACAACAAGAAGUGUUUAGUGAAAUAAAUAAAAUGAAGAUCGACAUUUGUGUGCUAACGGAGACCAAAAAGAAGGGCAAAGGAACGGAGACUGUGGGAGAGUACAUCCACAUAUUUAGUGGUGUAAACAAGGAAACUAGGGCAAAAAGAGGCGUUUCGGUAGCUAUACACAAAAGACUAAAAAACAACAUAAAAAGCUGGGACGAAAUAGACGAACAAAUUAUAACAGUCGAAAUACACAAAAACCACCGACAAAUGAUAAUAAUAGGAGUAUAUGCCCCUAGCGACGAUGCGGAUCCUUUAACAAAAGAUAUGUUUUUCAAUAAACAAACGCACAUAAUAUCCGACAUUAAACACGAUAAAGAACUAUUCUUACUGGGAGACUUCAACUCAAGAACGGGAACAGAAACCAAUAGCCCAGUCGUGGGGCAGUACGGAGAGAGGUCAACAACCAACGACAAUGGUCUCAGGCUAAGAGGCAUGUGCGAAAGCCUAAAUUUAAAAAUUAUGAACGGCUUCUUCCCUCAUAGAGACAUUCAUAAGUUUACGUGA